AUGAGGACAGCUGUGGAGGGAGAGAUGUACAGUAUGAUCAAGUGGCUGGACCCCAGCAUCGUGCUCCGCGGAAGGAUAUACCAGCGCACAGCGGCUGUGUCAAUGGCUUCUACUGCUAUGCUCCGUGACACUACAGUGAAGAGUAUUUCAGUGAAGGCUAAAGGGGAUGCAACGGUGGAGUGGAGAAAUAACUUUGGAGUUUUCUGGGUGGACUACGAGGCAUACAUGAGAUAUUUCGAAAUGAAACAGUACCUGGUUGCAACAGAUUUUGGAGACACUGUGCUUCGCCGAGGGCCCCAUAAUUUCCCGUUCUCAUUCCAAAUUCCGAGGGGAAUCCCAUCAUCCUUCAGAGGGAAAAAUGGAGAAAUUGUGUACAUGGUUGAAGCAAAAAUUUCCAGAAGUUGGCGGUGGCCUUCAUCGGUGAAAAGAGAGAUCAAUUUUCUUUCAAAGGAUUUUCCAGCAAUUCAUCGAGCCAUGCGCCCAUUAUCUCGUUCAGUGGAUAAAGAGGUGGGGAUUUUCUCCAAAGGACAGCUCCAGAUGACUGCUUCAGUUAACCGAGGAGUUUGCUUUCCAGGUGGCACAUUGUCUGCCUCUGCCACAAUCCGCAACUCCUCUUCAAAAUCUGUGAAGCCCAAAUUCAGUUUGCACCAGAGGGUAGUGUACAGUGUCAAACAGCACACCAAGGUCAGUGAUAAAGUCAUAUUUAAAAGGGUUGGAGGCACAAUCAAACCCAGGUCAGAGGUGACGGUUCCCUGUGAAGUGAAGAUUCCUGUUGAUGCUGUCUGCACUCUCCACAACUGUCAAAUCAUUUCUGUUGAACAUUACCUCAAGGUGUAUUUGGACGUCAACUUUGCUUUCAAUCCAGAGGUGAUGUUUCUGCUACUCAUUGUUCCGUCGGACCUUGUCCAUGCUCGGCUCAAUGAGGAAGUGGAGCACAUCUGA